AUGAAAAGGCUGGGCCGAGAACCAUGCGUGUCUGUGACUAUCAGCGACGUGCUUAUAGUGAUGGCACCAAGGGCUGACCAUGAGUGGUCGGAGGGUCCGGCAGUGGUGAGAGAGAGAGCCGCCAAGAGGGCAGCGCUGGCUGCAGCCGAGGUGGUGAAGAUGUCUGAGCAGGAUGUCCCACAUCAUCUGCAUCACGUGCCCGCAUCACCUGCAUCACCUGCUUUACCUGCAUCAUGGCAGGGAUUGAACGCUCUGGAGGUGCUGGUGACAUCCGUGCACGUCAAGUACACACACUCCUCCUCCGACCCCAAGGCGGCGUUUGAGUUUGGCCUUCACCUGGACCAUCUCUCUGUGGCCGCUGCUGCCUCCAAGGACCCCCUCACUGCUGCUGCUGCUGCUGCUGCUGCUGCUGCAGAUGCCAUUGCUUCUGCAUCCGCCUCUGCUCUCAACACAACUCCUGCGGCAGGUGGCCCUGGUGGUGGGCCUGGGUCGACUGCUUCCUUCUUUGUGCCGCCAGACAGCCAGACUCCCACAGAGAAGCUUCUGGAGCAGCAGUGGGAGCAAGAGGCUGGGCAGGGGCAGGCAGGGGGGCAGGGGAAGCCACAGAUAGGGGACGCGGGCAGGAACGGAGGGACAGGGAGAAAUUUGAGGAAGAGCAUUGAGGUGCGGGGGUUGUCGUUUUACUGGAAUUCGUGCAAGAGAGGGUUCGAAGGGAGCACUUUCGGGCCUAAUGGACAGGGAGGUGGGGAGAGGACAGGGAAGGAAGGGACAGAAGGUGGAGAGAGAUGGAGGCGGGAAGGAGCAGUGAGGGAUGGUUCAGGAGAGAGGGGAGGGGAGGAGAGCAUGGAUGCGGACAUAGUGUGGGGAGAGGGUGAGUUGGUUCCAAGUGAUGAGGAGGAGGGUGGAGGGAUGGGUGCCAAGAGACAGAGGCGAAGAGGGGUGGAUGAGCAGAGGGGAAGAGGAAGGGAGCAAGGGAGAGGCAAGGGAGAGGAAGGUUCGGCAGCAGUGGCGAACAACAUGUUGCAUCCCUUGGAUGCUUCUAUCAGACUCGUGAUGCAUAUGGGCCCUCCCGCCCACACAAGCACUGCUCCCGUGUCUGUCUCUCUCCGUUGCAACCGCCUGCGAGUGUCUCUGGAGGAGCACCAGUACCAGGACGUGCUGCUGCUGGCCGAUGCCCUCAACGUGCUGCGCCUCAGAGAAAGGUAUGGCCGCUUUCGCCCCGCAGCCUUGUUCUCUUCCUCCCAGACCCCACCAACCAGUGGCACCAAACCAGCCGACAGCAUGGGGGACCAGCAGGGCGGAAGCACCAGCGGUGGCAGCGAGAGAGUGCGCGCAUUGUGGUCAUACGCGCUCAAUGCCGUGCUCUUUGAUGUGCGCCAACGCCUCUACCGCCGCUCCUUCCUCUACCUCCCCUCCCGCCUGUAUGUCCCUUCCUCUCCAACCGUUUAUGCCUCUGCACCCUUCCUGAACCCUUUCUUCCACACCAGAUGCCUGCUCGCCCCCUUGACUUCCCUGGUGGAGGAGAGGCAGCAGCUGGAGGAGAUGGAGGACGAGCUGGAGCUAGAGGACAUUCUCCUAUUCCGGACAGCUGCCGCCCAGGUGUGUCGUGCCUUCUUCCUCAGUGCACCGCUCGCCUCCGGCCUGCACCGCUCGCCUCCGGCCUGCACCGCUCACCUCCAGAUGCAUGACUGUGUGCCAUGCUGCUGCACGCAUGACUUGCUCAUUUUCCCCUUUCUGCCUCUCCAGCCAUUUCUUGCUCCUCAACUGACAUUGUUUCUUCGCCCACCCCUCCCCCCUCUAUUGUCUUCUUCCAUUCCUAACUGCUUUCUGCAGCGGGCUGCCCGCACAGAAUGGGGCAACCCAUCCGCUUCAAAAGACUCAGCUGAAGAUUUUUCUGCAGAGAAAGACGGGCGAGGGGACCGGCGCAAGGGCAAAGCAGCCCAGCAGAAGCAGCAGCAGCAGCAGAGGGGGAGGGGGUGGUUGAACUGGCUGUCUCAGGGCAUGCUGGGCGCUGGUGGCUCUGAUGCGUCUGCUGCAGCUGACGUCAUGGCUGCAGUCAGUGACCGUGACUUAGAGGAGCUCUAUCGCACACUGGACUCGCCCUUUGAUGCUGCUGACGGGGAUAACGGGCUGGAUGAGCCUUCCUGGAUGUCCACAUCAGCAUCCACGUCAUCAUCGGCAUCUAUGGCCAUGGAUGCCACGUCAGCAUCACCCAAAGCCAUGAACAGGAGCCGCUCCUCUGUGCAUACCCUUUCAUUCUCAGAAUCCUCCUCGUCGCUCGACGCCUCCAUUCCCGAGGACUCCAGUGUGAUGGGGCCCUCCAGCCGAAUGCUCCCUGAGGCGUCUCAUAGGACGACUCAUGGCAGGGCAGCAGUGUCGGUGUGCCGCCUGGCGUUCACUGCACAGGUGGCAGACGGAGCUGCAAAGGGCACACUUGACGCCUCUGCUUCGUUUGCUGGACCAGGUUCUCAGGGCAUGCGAACGGGUGUAGGCAUGGGAGGAGGCGUAAGCAUGCCCAGAGUUAAUGCGCGUGUUUUACUCCUCACCUGUCCCUCUCCCUCUCACUGUCGCCCACCCUCUCCCUCCCUGCAGCUCCCGCACUCCUCGCUGCACGACUUCCUCCCUCCAUCCCACCCGUCACACCCCUCCUUCCACUCCGCAGCCUCCUCCUUCGCCUCGCCCUCCACCGUCUCCUCUCCCUCCCCUGCCGGCCACGGCCAUCUGCUAAUGCGUUCUGCCAGUGCUGCCUGGGGCCUGGGCCGCCCAGCCCUGGGGGCGGGCCUGGGGGGUCCUGUAGGGGGCGGGGGGAAGGGGCAGAUGUUACCACGUACAGACUCUCGUGUGGGGCUGGGAGUGGGGGUGGGGGCGGAUGGGAGGCUGGGGUGGGCGAACAUGCGACGUAAUCAGUCAGCUCUAGGUAUCGGUGCCAUUGCUGCAGCAGAGCAUGCGGUUGCUAUGGGUGGUGGAGGGGAGAGAGGCAUGGGAGGAGGGGCCGAGAUGGGAGAGAGGGGCUAUGGGGGUGAGAGUGAGGUGCAUGGGUGGAGGCCAGGGGGGCAGAUGCAAGCUGUAGCGGCAAGACCGAUGCUGCGGGUGGAAAUCGAAGUGCACUCGCCCCAUUCUCAUGGGCAUGGGCAUGGGCACGGAGAUGGUGGAGUGGGAGGAGGCGAGGUGGAAGACAGUGCGCCCAAUGAGAUGGAGACGACAAUAUCGGUGGCAGUGGAGCCAGUGCAGGCGGUGGUGGGUGUGGAGGUGUUGAAGCGCGUGGGCAUGUUCUUCAGCCAUCCCACGACCGUGCCCACCCACCAAGAACAGGUGAUUGCGUCCAUCAACUCGUUGGACUCAACUACUGCUCGAGCCACUGCCAAGUCUGGCCUGGUGCUAGCCACGCGCAAGGUGCUGCAUCUGCAUGUGGACGUGGCAAGCGUCACAAUCGUUGUUCCACACGCUGACACGUACCUCUCUGCCCGCCCCUGCCCCCUGCUGGUGCUACAGCUGGCGUCACUGCACAUCUCGUCCAUCCCUGAACCCCCUGAGCGGUCUCUCCUUGCACAAGCCCUCGCCUCCUCAGGCAACCUGCGAUCGGCACUCUCCGUCCUGGGGGAGAGGGGCCUGACAGGGGGGAGAGAUGCUGGCGUGAGAAGGGUAGAAAGUCAGGGACCGGCAGUGGGAGGAGUUGAAGUGGAGGGAGAUGGAAGAAUGGACAUGGAGGGAGAGAGGAAGGGAGGAGUGGGCGAUGGCGGUAUGGAAGGAGGCACAGGCAGUGGUAUAGAUGUUGGGCAUGCGGAUGGACGGAUGGGAGGGGGGAGAACGGGAGGCGUUGGGAAGAGAGGCAUGGCCGAGUGGGUUCAGAAGAUGGUGCUAUUUGACAGUGUCGCAGUUAGAGCCGCUGCUGUCAAGUCCCUCUCGCACUCCCUCUGCUGCCCCCUGCCUGCCCCUUCCUCACAGGUAUUUCUCGUUCCACCGCCCCCUCGCACUGCACUACCCACGCCACCAGCCCCACCAGUCCCCCACUCCUUCUGGCCUGGCCUGCCCCCAGGUGCACUGGGGGCACCAGGGAACAUGUGGAUGGGCGGUGGUGGUGGCAGCAGCAUGGCAGGAGCGGGCAGUGCAGGGGAGGGUGGCAGUGAGAGUGGCAGGGAGCUGCCUCUUGUGGAGGAGUUUUCUGUCCACCUGCACCUGCUGCUCUGCGCUCUCUCAGGCGACCCUGCCACCACCAAAGCUGUUGUGAGUGCUGCCCUCCUUCCCACUUUACUCCACUUCACCACCUUUCCACCUCACUCUCAUUCCCCUGCAGCACAGCCCUUCACCUUCCGCGUCCUGUUCCUCCAGUCUCAGCUCCUUGCUUCUAUCUUCCUUCUGAUGUCACCCUCGCUGUUCCCUUCCUCUCUGCAGCUGCAAGGAGGAAUGGGGGGUCAAGGUGCAAGGAGGGGGACUGCAGACGAGGCAGGAAAUGGGGGCGGUGUAAGGAGUGGCAGUGGGGGGCUGACAUCCACACCGUCCUGGUCCGAGAUGCUUCACACCAUUCUGCAGCGCGACGCUGCCAAGGUGCCACAGCAGCUGCUGGCCUCACCCGAUCUAGACAACACCAGGCUUCCUCUGCUGCUACUGGAACAGCAGCAGCAGCAGCAGCAUGAGGCUGGCGGGGACGGAAGCGGGGCUGUGAAUGAGGGUGGCAGCAGCAGCAGAGAUGGGAAAGCAGAAUUAGGAACAGGGGGGAUAAGUCGGGUGCAGUCACGGCGGGUGGCAGUGGCGAGUGGCAUGGACGUACUAACAGGCACGCCAAUUUCAGAUGUAGGAGUGGCUGUAGGGAAAAUCACAGUGCGCCUGGACAUGAGUGCCUCUUCGACAGAGCCUCUUGGUUCCCGCAGCAAGCGCAGCAGGGCUGGGCAAAGCAGGGGGCCCGCAAACGGGGAAGCAUCAGGAGCCCACGUGAUCACUCUUGAGGCUACUGGACUGGACGUCCGCCUGGUCCAAAGACUACUGGAGGAGCACAUCUAUGCCACUCUGCACCGCCUCCAACUCACCGAUUCCUCGCGACCCCCCUCCUGCCCCACCCACCACAUCAUUCAAACGCACCUUCCCUCCUCGCCCAACCCAGCCAGUUCCCCUACCGUAACCACAUCACACCCUCCCACACCUGCCUCUCUAACCCACUCCAUCCUCUCCUCCCCCUCUCUCUCCUUCCAGCCUAGCCCAUCAGCACAACUCUGGCUCUCCCCACAAAUUCUCUCAGGUUUCUCCACCCAAACAGACCCCUCGGCUCCCCAUAUGCUCGUCUCCCGCGUCCUUUCCGCCCCCUCACUCCCCGCUUGCCUCUCCUUCUCCUCGCUGCCCAUGCCUGCCAUACCAACUGCUGGCCAGGCAGCGGCUCCCAUGGGAGCAGCACUGAGUGGUGGAGCACUGAGUGGUGGCCAAUCCUCAGCAGGAAAUUCCGCCAGCACUUCUCAUUGGCUGGGAGGAGAGAAUGUACGCUUGGCAGGCGUAUCUGCCCCAGCCACAUCAGGAGCAGCAGUGGGAGGAGAUGGGGCAGGAGCAGGGGAGUGUGUGUUGCGUGUGGAAUUGUGUCUGAAAUCAAGGUCGCUGACCGCCCCAUCUCGCGACUCCACUUCCCUCUCCUUCCACCUCUCCUCCCUCCACCUCACUGCCUUCCAACCCACGCUCCUCGCCCUACUAGCCUUCUCCUCCUCCCUCUCCACCCCCACUCCCCCCUCUCCCUUCUCCGCCCUGCCAGGCAGCGGAGGAAGCAAGAGACACCACUCCCAGGGCAGGGAGGGGGGAAGUGGGCUCAUGGGAACACACCCCUCUGCAGACCUCUCACCCUUUGAGAGCCCCUCUAGCUCCUUCUCCUCCGCUGCCUCCUCACCCUUCAACUCUCCCCCACCCACUACUGACGCCCUGCUGUCGCCGGCAGUACUGGCCACUGGUGCGCUGGGCGUGAGUCCGCAGAGGUCCAGGGGGCGGGUUGGAGUGGGACGGCAGGGGAUGGAGAGACAGAGUGCACGGGUUGUGUUUGAGAAGGUGUCUGGAGAUGAUGUCACUGACGCUGCUGCUGGUUCUGGGGGUGUUGCCUCGCACGAUGGUGGCACUGCCACUCAAACAAGUUCCUCUCUGCGUCCUGCUCCCACCCGCGGCCCAUCCACUCACGUCGUUCUGCCUUCUUCUGAAAACUCAGGUGCAGGCGGCACAGAACUGAUUCUGGACGGCAGAGUAACUGGAUUGGUGGUUAGGCUGAUGGAGGAGGGGGGCGAGGCAACACUAGAAGGACUGAAAGGAGGGGUAGAGAGGAUCCAUGAGAUAACAGGAAGGAAGGAAGGGGAGGGUGAGGGGUAUGUGGUGGAAGUGGCAACUGCUUCUCUGAGUGAGGCACUGGUGCAGGCAGAUGUGAAGCACGUGAUGGGCCAAUCACUGCCAGCCACAUGGGCAUCCUGUGGGCGCAUCAGUGGGUUUGAGGUAUGGGGCCCUGUGGGUAGCGGGGGGCGCUAUGUUCCUCAUCUCCCUGCAGAUUCGGCUUCUACUUCCCCACCAAGCACUCUACAACUGCAGCAAGGGCAGCAGCAACAGCAACAGCAGCAGCAGCAGCAACAGCAACAGCAGCAGCAGCAGAAGCAGGUGAUAGUGGGCAGUGUGUGGGCACCAAGAGCACAGCCUGGCACCAUAACCUUUGCAGCCCAUGGCGCUCACACAGGUGCAUCAGGGGAGGGUGUGCCUGGGGCAGGCGCCACACUGCAUGUGGAUGUGGCUGUUUCCCGCCUGCUGCUCGUGGUCUCACAGCCAUUCACACAUGGGCUUGUGGGGCACGUCACGCGCUACCUCCCUGCUCCCUCCGUGACUGCUCCUUUGACCCAUGCUGUUGUUGGGGGAAGUGGGGAGCCUGCCUCAGUGUCGCCCCUUGCACAGCACGGUCGAGAGAGGGGGCAGCAGGAGCAGCAGUCACAGCACGCAAGUUUCACUACUGCCACUAGCCCCUCACCCUCUCCCCACAUCACACUCCCUGUACGCACCCCUCUCUUUAUGUCCGUCUCUUCUGAUUCCCCGUCUCCAUCCAGCCACCACACAGGAAAGCCCAGAGCAGCCCGCACUGCCAUUGCUUCCCCUGCCACCACCCGCCUCUCCCCCUCACCCUUGAGAGGGGGCAUUGCUGUUCGGGGAGGUGGGGGUGCGAAGCAGCUGAGAGGCGGAGGGUCAGGGGGAUGGGCGGGUGGGGGCGGCAGCAGCAGCCAAACAAGCCCUUUGGGGGGGAAAGGCAAGGGGAAGCGGGAGAGGGGGGAAGGGGAGAGUGUGGGCGGGCUGGGGAGUGGGUCGGGGGAGGGCGACAGCUGGUCAGGGGCGCAGUUUUUCAGCCCUGUGGGGGAUAGCCCCCUGAGAUGGGAAAUGGUGGAAGAGGGAGGUGAGGCGGAGGGAGAAGGGGAGGAGUGGGAGCAAGGGCAAGGGAGAAUGAGAGUGGAGGGGGCUGUGAGGGUAGAGGGGUGUGAGAUCGCUGUCAUUCCCUUAGGGCAUCCACAGAGCUUGCUGCAGCCAUCCGCAUCCAAUCAGCUUCAGCCACGUGGAUCCAAUGGGAUCAAACCAGCAACGACAUUAGGAGAGGGGCUGGGCCAUCCGUGCCUGAUCAUUGAGCUGCCUCUCAUCACUGCCAACCUCCCACGCCACGUGGCAUGCUGGGAUUGGUCCUCAUCUGGCACAAUCACAUGGCUGGAUGGGAGAGAGCAGCAUGAAAUCAGUAACGUGGGCGGGAGACGAGGCAGCGAGGAGGGUGAGACAGGAAGAGGGAGCACAGUGGUCGGAGAAGGGAACAGUGGGAACAGAGACAAUGCGGAAUGGGAGGCGGUGGACGUGAGGGUGGAGGGAUUCAAAGUUAGCAUGGCCACAGGCAAGCUGCUGCCGCUCUGCGAGGUGGUAUCUGGUGGAGGCGCAAGUGGUGCAGGGGAGGAAAAGGAGGAGGUGGUGGGGAGGGUGGGGGAGAGAAUUCCUUUGGUGCAGCGAGUGGACGUUCUGCUGCACGUGGCACUGCCACAGGCUGCUGGGGGCAGCAGCCAGCCCGGUUCUGCACUGCAGGGCGCAGCACAAGGAGUGGGCGUGGGAUCUGAGGCAGCAUCAGGGAUGGUGGAGUCAGGAGGGGAGGCAGCAGCGAUGGGCAGCCCGCAUGAGUGGAUGCGAGUUAUGCAGCCCUCCCCUCCCAUCGCCCUGAGAUUCCACCUGCACCACCUGCACCUGCACAUCACACGAGGCACAACCUCCCUCCCAUCCUCCCCUUCCUCCUCCGCUCAUGGCACAACCCCCUCGUUCCUUCUUCCCCCUGGCCCUCUCGUCGCCCUCCUCUCCAUCGAUCAUCUGCGCUGCGCUGCAGCGCUGCAACCAUCUGGCCAAUCCGUGAAGGCCACGUGGCAGAGUAUUGCCCUUUGGAGCUUACAGGCAGAGAUGGCAAGCACUUCCCAACAGCGUGGUAGUGCUGCUGCAGUCUCAGCCAGCGGCCAGGCAAGGCCGCCACCUGCCUUUUCACAGGAAGGAAUGGCAGCAGAUGCACAAGCAGCAGGGGAAGCAGCAAUUGGAGGACCAUCACCAGAAGGGGCGAGGGCAGGAGGAUUUUUUGCAGGAGAGAUUUCAGCGGCAGUGCUGGAGUUUCUGCAAGUGGCUGUGCCUCUCUUUGUGAUCGAGCGUGAGAGGGGCUGCUCUGUGACUCGUGACGCUGCUCAUACCCGCCUGUCUCCGUACCUCGCCAUCUCCCUCUCCUCCACCUCAACCCCACCCUCACCCCAUUCCCUUCGCACCACCGCUGCUGCACCCCUCUCCCUCGCCUGUACUCCUCCCCCCUUACAGUCCCCACAUCCCCUUUCUCAACCUCUGGCAAGCCUCUCGCUGCUAUCCCAAGAACCGCCUUCCACCCCAGUGAACAUAGCAGUCCCAGCAGCACCACCACCAGCACAAACACGUGGUGACCCCCAUUACAACAUCCAGGCUACACAUGCAACUGUUCAGCUCCCUUUCCCCACCCUCUGGGCCUUCCUCCCUGCCUGGUCUCGCCUCGCCUCCCUGCUUGUCGCUAAGGCACCUAAAGGAGGCGACACAGGAGGUGCAGAGGUGGCAGGGGGUCAGCGUGCAAGAGGCAGCAAUGGAUCGGGCGUAAGGGAGGCGCAGGGGAUUGGGAGGAGAGGGGCUGAGGGCCUGACGGUGAUGAUGGGCGUGAGGCUGGGUGAGGCUGGUGGUAGUGUAGGGCAUGGUGAUAUGGAGGGGCUGUUCUGUGCGUCUCUUGAGGAGGGGGUGACUGGGGGAGCAGAGGAGGAAGCAAUUGGCGUCUUGGUUGGUGAAAUCGGCACAGGCAGUGAUGGUGGUAAUGCAGCAGCAGUAGCUGUGGCAGCAGAAGCAGCAGCACAUGUGCAUGUGAAGGUGCAUGCAGGAGUGAAGGUGGAUGGGCUCACUCUUGUGCUUCCCAGUCAUAGCACCUCCCAGCGCUCCUCCCAGGGUGCCUCGCAGCACACCUCCACUCCCUCUGCUCCUAACACCUGCACACAGCAGGCAGCACAGCAUCAGAGGAGUGCGAACACCACGACACAUCAGCACAGCCCAGGUAUACUCCCAGGGGAGUGGGCGAGCAACACGGAGGGGUGCAGUGCGGUGGUGGUGCGUGUGAGGAAUGUGCACUCCCACGUGCAAGCCUCUGUACCUGCCAGUACUAGUCUCAGCAGAGCCAAGCUCUCUGCUGGCCUGCACUCUGUGGAACUUGCCUGUGUGCGCCGUCUUGGCCUGGGGCAUUCUGAGGUGGGCCAUGGGGACGGCAGUGGUGAUGGCAGUGCUGCUGGUGCUGCCGACCUGUUCACGCCUGACCCGCUUAACCUCCCUCCUGCCUCCCUCAAUGCUGCUUCCUUACCUCCAAGCUCCAACCCUUUCUCCUUCCGCCUUGGCUGCUUCCUGCCUCCUCCUACAGAUGCUCCUCCACCUGCCCCUGCCCCUGCAUCUGCCCCAACCGCAUCCAACCCACCAUCUGUUCGUCUGCCGCCUCCUCCUCCUGCCUCGAUGCGCCUGCUGCAGCUGGCAGGGCUGCAGGUGCGACUGGCAGCGGCUGCUGCUCCCUCGGGCAGUGUAACAGCGAUGAGUGCAGAUGGGGUUGAUGCUGGUGUUGGGAGAGUGGAGGAGGAGGGGGACUUCGGGUCGGGCAGAGUGAGAGAAGAGGGAGGUUCAACAUUAGGGAGAUAUGCAGAGGAGAUACGUGAAAACAACAGCACGGUUUCUGGUGGUGGUGUUGGUGGUCGCAGCAGUGCACUUGGCAUGAUUUGCCUGAAGGAUCUAGCGGAACUGGAGAGAAGGGAGCAGGAAAACGUAGUGGUGGCGGAGAGUGAGGAGGACAGCGAGCCCCUCUUUUACCUCUCCCUCAGCACCACAGCAGGCCACGCCCUUGCAUGCCUGCCCAGUGGCCACCUGCACGCCUCCCUUGCUACCACUCUCGCUCUGCACUAUCUCAACCAGGACAAGGUGGGUGGUCACUGUGAAACCGAGCUCGCAGCAGCGCGAGAUAAAGCAGCCGUAGCAGCUGCCUUAGAGCCUCUUUGUGAGCCGUGGCCCUUCCAGCUUUCAGCCUCUCUGCACUCCCUCUCCUCCCUCACCAACCCUCAAUCUGCCUCUGCCUCCACUCUCCCUCCACCCCUCCUCUCCACUUCCUCCUCCUCUCCCUCUGCCUCCUCCACCGCUCUCACCUCCUUGGCUCUCACCUCCUCCCAUCCUCUCAAUCUCAAUUUCACGCCAUCACUCCUCGAGGUAAAAUUUGUCUCCUCUGCCCUUUGA